UUCCAAUGUUCAUAAAUUUGUUUUUAACGUGUGGUGGUAACACUUGUUUAUCGAUAACAUCAUUUUGUUGUUGGCAUCACUUAGCAGAUGGCAUGUCAAUAUUGGAAUUUGGCGGGAUUUUAGCAAAAACAAGCAUUGAAUCGUUUGCAAGGACUGUAGGAUUGUCAGCUAAAAAGUAAUCUAUAUAAAAUUUUGAUAAUGGAGGGUUUCGAUGAAGCAGGACUUUUCUUCUCGGACAACUUUGGUCCAGAUGCUCAAGAUGGAAAUCAAAUUAAUAUGCAAGCUAUUAAAAAAAAGUACAAAGAAUUUCUACGUACUUUUAAUGAGGAUAACUUCUUUUACAAAUACAGAGAUACUCUGCGAAGAAAUUACCUCAAUGGUCGUUACUUUCUCGAAGUUGAAUUGGAAGAUUUGGCCGGAUUUGAUGAAACUCUUGCUGACAAAUUAACCAAACAGCCAACGGAACAUUUGCAAAUAUUUGAGGAAGCCGCACGUGAAAUAGCUGAUGAAAUAACGGCACCACGACCAGAGCACGAAGAGCAAGUUCAUGAUGUACAAAUUCUUCUUACGUCGAAUGCAAAUCCAACAAAUGUGCGAGAACUUAAAUCAAAUUGUGUAUCAAAGUUAGUUAAAAUUGCAGGCAUAAUAGUCGCUGCAUCUGGUAUUAAGGCAAAAGCCACACGCAUGUCAAUUAUGUGUCGCUCAUGCAGUACGGUAAUACCCAAUUUAAAGGUUAACCCCGGCUUAGAAGGGUACGCUUUGCCCCGAAAAUGUACAACAGAACAAGCCGGACGACCAAAGUGUCCACUUGACCCAUUCUUUAUAAUGCCAGAUAAAUGCAAGUGUGUUGAUUUUCAGUUACUGAAAUUACAAGAAUUACCUGAUUUUGUGCCACAGGGAGAAAUUCCUCGUCACUUACAAUUGUUUUGCGAUCGUUCUUUAUGUGAACGAGUUGUUCCAGGCAAUCGUGUUCUUAUUCAAGGUAUAUUUUCAAUAAAAAAAAUUGGGAAGCCCUCGAAACAGGAUGGUCGUGAAAAAGCAGUAGUUGGUGUACGUGCACCUUAUAUGCGAGUUGUUGGCAUAACAGUUGAUACAGAAGGAUCUGGUGCUAUAUCACGUUACAGCAACAUCACUGCUGAUGAAGAAGAUAUGUUUCGGCGUAUGGCAGCAUCGUCAGAUAUCUAUGAACGACUUUCUAAGUCACUAGCUCCUAGUAUCUUUGGAUCUGAUGAUAUAAAGAAAGCUAUUACAUGCAUGUUAUUUGGUGGUUCGCGUAAGCGUUUACCGGAUGGUUUGUGUCGUCGUGGUGACAUAAAUGUUUUAUUGCUUGGCGAUCCUGGUACAGCGAAAUCACAAUUGCUGAAGUUCGUGGAAAAAGUGGCUCCAAUUGGUGUUUAUACUUCUGGCAAAGGUUCCAGUGCUGCAGGCUUAACAGCUUCAGUGAUGAAAGAUCCCUCAACUCGCAAUUUUGUGAUGGAAGGUGGAGCAAUGGUGCUUGCAGAUGGUGGAGUUGUUUGUAUUGAUGAAUUUGAUAAAAUGCGUGAAGACGAUCGAGUUGCUAUACACGAAGCAAUGGAACAGCAAACCAUUUCAAUAGCUAAAGCUGGAAUUACAACGACGCUCAAUUCUCGGUGUUCUGUAUUAGCAGCGGCAAACUCAAUCUUCGGUCGUUGGGAUGACACAAAAGGAGAAGAAAAUAUUGACUUCAUGCCUACAAUUCUUUCUCGUUUCGAUAUGAUAUUUAUAGUUAAAGAUGUACAUGAUGAAACACGAGACGUAAUACUAGCCAAGCACAUCAUAAAUGUACAUCUUUCAUCGAAUAAAAAUGCAGCAAUAGAACAGCCAGAGGGGGAAAUUUCUCUUUCUAAUUUCAAGAAGUUUAUACAUUAUUGUCGUACACGCUGUGGUCCUCGUCUGAGCGCUGAAGCUGGUGAGAAACUAAAGAGUCGUUAUAUAUUAAUGCGCAGCGGUGCUGGCCAACAGGAGAAAAUGGCUGAUAAGCGUUUAAGUAUUCCAAUUACUGUGCGACAACUGGAGGCCGUUAUACGCAUAUCUGAGUCUUUAGCCAAAAUGCGUUUGUUACCUUUUGCCACAGAAGAACAUGUGAAUGAAGCUUUACGCUUGUUCCAAGUAUCUACUUUAGAUGCGGCUACGACCGGUAGUUUAGCCGGUGCGGAAGGUUUUACCACAGAAGAGGAUCAGGAAAGCUUGAAUCGAAUUGAAAAGCAGCUGAAAAGAAGAUUUGCAAUUGGUUCACAAGUGUCGGAACAAAAUGUUAUACAGGACUUUUUGAGACAAAAAUAUGAAGAACGAGCUAUUAUGAAGGUUAUACACACCAUGAUAAGACGUGGGGAGUUGCAACAUCGCAUGCAGCGUAAGAUGUUAUAUCGUUUAUGUUAAUUUUUUUUUAUUGUUAAGAAAUUAUUUAAUUUACUCCAAGCUCAAAAACACAAAAUAAAAAUAG